AUGCAUAAGGAACAAGUUCUUCUUUUGGCACUCGUGCCAGCAGUCUUAGGCUGCUUGAAUGCAGAUUCUAAUAGCUGCGCAAGUUUCAUCAAGUCGCAAGUCGCAACUGCCUCCCCCUUCUGCGCUACAUUCACCAAGACUGUGGUCACCGCCACAACUGGAUUACCAUCCUGGGCUACCAAUUGCUCUAACAAACCCAGCAUGAUCUCCGCUGAAUGCUCUUGCGCAUACACCGGUGGCUCUAAUCCAACUACCACCCUUGUUACCACUACUCGAGCUGCAACUGCAACUACUACUACCACCCGCGCCGCCACUACCACUGGAAGUGGUGGUACUGGGACUGGAUGCGCUCCUGUCAAUCAGCUCGCCGGCUUCGGUGCCAGUGCCAGUGGGGCUGGUACCUCCGGUGGAACAACCGUUACCUCUUGCUCCGCUUUGACAGCUGCUGCCAAAAAUGGUGGCGUAAUUAAGGUCAGCGGGCUCCUCAGCGGAUGCGGUGUCGUUGAUCUCAUCAGUGGAACUUCUCUCCUCGGUGUUGGAUCGAAUUCCGGUAUUGUAGAUGGAGGUAUCAGAAUUAAGGAUGCAAAUAACGUCAUUGUUCGAAAUCUCAAGUUCAGCCCCGCUAAGAAAGGUGAUGCCGUCUCCCUCGACGGAGCUACCAAUGUUUGGAUCGACCACAACGAGUUCUAUAGUUUGGGACUAGUUGGGGGGAAAGAUGAUUAUGACGGUCUUCUUGAUAUUACACACGGUUCCAAUCUUGUUACAGUAUCUUGGAACAAGUUCCGUGACCACUGGAAAGGAUCUCUCGUCGGUCACAGCGACAACAAUGCCAGCGAAGACACCGGAAAACUCAAGGUUACUUACCACCACAACAGCUUCAACAACGUAAACAGUCGUCUCCCAUCCCUCCGUUUCGGUACAGGUCAUAUGUACAGCAACUGCUACACUAACUGCCCAACAUCCGGUGUCAACUCUCGCAUGGGCGCUCAGGUUCUUGUCGAAAACUGUAGCUUUACCAAUGUCCCACUUUCCGUGGUCACAAACCUGGACUCGGACGCCAACGGUUAUGCCACUGAGCGCAACAAUAUCUUUGCUGGCACUAGCACUACUAGGAUUACCCAGGCUUCCAGCUUCAGCCCACCAUACUCUUACACAAUGACAUCUGCAAGCAAUGCCUGCGGCUGUGUUAACAGCAGCGCCGGUGUUGGUAUUGUCACCUUCUAG